AUGGACGGCUUGUUACUUUGCUUGCUGCUGAGCAUUACGGCCACACUUGCGUUGAAACGCCAGGCAAUAGACAAUUUAGAAGUUCCGUCAUUUGCUGCUGGAAAACUUGUUGCCCAUGUUAUCUUUCAAAAACUAACCGAUGCAUCCGGGCUAGCAGCCAGUCAGACAUUCAAGGAUGUCCUUUACACCCACAACGAUGGAGCAGGAGGUCCAUACAUAUAUGCAAUAAACGCGACAUCUGCGGCUCUGAUCUCCACAUUGAAGAUUGCUAAUGCCACCAACCAUGAUUGGGAGGACAUUGCUGUUGGUCCGUGUGGAGAAUCUAGCUGUAUUUACAUCGCUGAUUCUGGUUCUAGACAUUCAAAAUCAGCCAACAAGAUCUACAGGGUACUGGAACCAGACGUUAUAAGUAUGGAUCAAGUGCUACCUGUUGAUUCCACGGCUCGAUACACAUGGUCAGAGGACGAAUCAGAAACCCUAAUGGUGGAUCCAAACGGUGAAGUGUACCUCAUCGGUGUAAUACACAGUGGACGUGGAAUGGUCUCCAAUCUUCCAAGCAGCGCCUGGGGAAGCCCUAACCCAGUCAACAUUGAGUCCAUCCAGUUCCUUCCUCUUCAUACCCACCACCACGACCCAGUCUCAGGCGAUAUUUCUAUGGACGGUAGCGAACUUCUUAUCAAAUCAAAAUCCAAAAUCUUUUACUGGAAGAUUGAUGGUGGUGACGUCAUGAAGUCCCUAACUAAACAUCCUAUUGAAGUUCCCUACCAUGAUGAGGUAGAUGGUGAAGCUAUUUGCUGGAGUGCUGACGGUCAGAACUACUACACACUACCUGAAGGGCUCAAUCCGGCACUUUACAUAUAUUCCCGUAUCAAUACUGGGAACCAAGGUUUAGUUGGAAAUCUUGUGGGGAAAAGAUAG